AUGUCCUCAGCCGUCCCCAGUCCCCUCACAUCGGUAACUUCCAACGCUCAACAUGGCUCCACCAGCUCCGAUCCUACGUUCCGGAAGAGUGCUACUUUUACUCGACGCAGCGGAAGCAGAGCCGAUGGACGUGGCUCCAUCGUCGUUCAUACCAGAACCCAUGACAAUGCCCAACUCCCCCAUGCGACCAAGAUGCAGAUGGCGGAUUACCUUAGGAAAUACGAACACCUUUUUAUGGUCACCCCCCAACGAAUGCGGAUGAUUGUCGAGGCAUUUAUCGAUACCCUCGAGGCAGGACUCAAAGAGGAUGGCCAGUGCGUUCCUAUGAUACCCACAUUUGUGUUUGGAUGGCCCACCGGCAAGGAAGUCGGCCCCUACUUGGCCGUGGACUUGGGGGGUACAAAUUUGCGUGUUUGCCAUGUAGAAUUGCAGGGCGAUGGUAGGUUUGAAAUCACCCAAGCGAAAUACAAAUUGACGGAGGAACAAAAGCAACAAGAAGGGGAGAAGUUGUUUGACUUUUGCGCUGAAUGUUUAUCCAAGUUUGUCAACGAUCAAUACGUAGACGAUGACGGCAAUUUGCUGUUAGACGCGGAUAUCCCAUUAGGGUUCACCUUCAGUUACCCUUGCUCGCAGAAGAAGAUUGACCAUGGUGAGCUGAUUCGAUGGACCAAAGGUUUCGGAAACCCCAAUGUGGAGGGACAUGAUGUUGGCGCGAUUUUUUCGAAAUCGCUCAAGAAAUUUGACGUACCCGUUAAGCUUACUGCAGUCAUCAACGAUACCACCGGAACACUCAUUGCGUCGUCUUAUGUUGAUCCGGCCACCCGAAUCGGAGUUAUCUUCGGUACAGGCUGCAAUGCCGCUUACAUGGAGAAAGUAGCGAACAUCCCUAAGAUCGCCUCACUCGGUCUUCCUCCAGAUGCAGAAAUGGCCAUUAAUUGUGAAUGGGGGGCCUUCGAUUCCGGCACCCAUGAACACCUCCCUCGAACCAAGUAUGAUUUGAUAAUCGACGAAACUUCCAAUAAGCCUGGAGAGCAAGCGUUCGAGAAGAUGAUUGCCGGCCUCUACCUUGGUGAAGUUUUCCGGCUGAUCGUAGUCGAAAUGAUUGAAGAAGGGAUCUUGUUUUUGGGUCAGAAUACAUAUAAAAUGGAAAAGAGCUAUUGUUUCGACACUGCUUUCCUCAGUUUGAUUGAAAGUGACCCCACAGAGGAAUUACUGACUGUCACAGGGUUAUUUACACACUUCUUUGGCUUGGAUACCACCAUUUCCGAACGCCAGUUUUUCCGAAGACUGGCUGAGUUAAUAGGGACGAGGUCCGCCAGACUCUCUGCCUGCGGAAUAGCAGCUAUAGUGUCCAAGAUGGGAAUGGUUGACACAGGAUGCGGAGUGGCUACCGAUGGUAGUCUUUACAAUAAAUACCCUCAAUUUCCUCAAAGAUUGCACGAAGCUCUAGUUGAUAUCUUUGGUGAAAAGGGUCGAUUAAUUAAAACCUACCAUGCCGAAGAUGGCUCCGGAGUAGGCAGUGCAAUCAUUGCGGCGAUGACCAAAGCAAGACUGGCCGAGGGCAAAUUCACUCAUGUUUAG